AUGGUGGAAAAAAAGGGUUCGUUAGAAAUGUUUGUCACAAGUGAAUUUUUAAGUGAAAAGGAUGAAACAGAUCUUCAAAAAGAUGAGUUGUUAAAAGUGAUAUUUAAGCAUCUUCGGUGUCUUGAGAAAAAUUUUGUAAAAUCUUUCCUUUCGAAUUUUGGUGCCGAAGAACUAAUAUGGGCUGUGAAACCAUUCGGAAUUCAUGCGGAAAAUAUUACUCAUUUGCCAUUAAAAUCACAAGAAGAACUUGUUCAAUUAUCAAAUUAUUCGGGUCUAAAAAUUGAUUUUAAUACGAAGUCCUUAGAAGAUUUUUGGCUAGGAGUCGCAAAAGAAUUUCCAACGAUUUCUGAAACUGCCAUAAAUUUUCUUUUACCUUUUUCAACGACGUAUUUGAGUGAGGCGACAUUUUCGUCUUUAACCACCAUAAAAUCAAAGUAUCAAUCAAAUGUAAAGAAUAGUGAAGAAGUGCUUCGCCCUGCGGUGUCGAAAAUUUUGCCAAGUUUUGAUAACAUAAUUAAAAAUCACAGACAUCCUUCCCAUUGA